AUGAAUUUUGGGGCAGGUGAAUGCGAUCAGUUUUCGCAUACGAUCGAUCCUGAUGGGGAAGUGACUAUAGUUCUUCAGAAUGCCAACGCGCCAUUUGCUGUCUGGCCGGGGGAAUAUAAUACCAAUGAGGAGGAAUAUAUUCCAGAUGAGCUGUCAGAGCAUGAGUAUAAUUCUACAAAUGAGCAAGAGAAAGAUCCUGAAAACAAAGAUAUCAAGUACCAGGUUUCCGCCAAACAUCUCACACUUGCAUCUUCUGUUUUCGCCAAGGCUCUUUCACCAAAGUGGCAUGAAGGCUCUACUCUUCAGGAAAAAGGCUCCGUUGAGAUCAUAGUGGAUGGCUGGGAUCCUGAAGCUCUUCUAAUCUUUUUCCGUAUCAUCCAUUGUCGUUUUGACUAUUUACCAAAAAUGAUAAGUUUGGAGCUUCUUGCUAAGAUCGUAGUCGUGGCAGCUUACUAUCAAUGCAUAGCUACGAUCCGCAUAUUCGCGGACAUUUGGAUGAAGGGGAUGAUUCCGCCAAGAACAUAUGACCGGAAUCUGAUGCUUUGGUUACUACUCUAUACCCUACUUCGCCCACGUCUCGACUGCAAGGAACUCCGUCAUAUAGCCAUAAAGCAGAGCACAGGUCUUAUACCAACACUCGGUCUACCAUUCCCAGGUUCAAUGAUAGGUGACCUGAAUAAGAAAAGAGAGAAACUGAUCGGUCACAUUAUACUGGAAUUGCAAUCGAAGGUCGAUCAUAUGAGUCGUUUUGAUAAUGACGGCUGUUAUCCAGUAACCUGCUUCGAAUGUACAUCCUUCAAACUAGGUGCUUUGAUCAAACUCAUGAUCAGAGAAUCCGUGUCCCCAUGGCCAACUUUGCCUUAUAAUGGGCUGGGAUUUCAAAGACUGAGUGUGCGCGCCACUGGUAGUAGCCCGACCCAGGCCUCCGCAGUCCUCCGACUAAAGUUCCCCGUAACCAUUGUCUUCCUCGCCUGGAUCAAGCCUUCUAUUAGAUUAUUGAUACCUGACGCUGACGUUCCCGGCGUUGCUGACGGCUCUGACGGCUCUGACGUCCCUGACGGCGACGUUUUGAACCUCGCGGCUGAUUUUCUGUACUUGAUACAUCCCGAGAUUCCUGGCCACGUUGGCCGAAUCCCUUCGGCUCUGAAGGGUAAAUUAUGCGCUCGACUGCUGUUUUGA